GUUAUCACGUAAACGGCUGUCAUUCCGAAGAUUUGCUUAUGAUUGAAAAUUUUAAACUAAUUUGCAAAAUUGCGCACGCACCUACACAAGAUAUGGGAUCAACGUGAAAUAACUAGGGAAUAUCUUUCAGGUUUGAAAAGCAAACAAACACAGAAAGUAAAUAUAAGUGAAAAUACAAACUUUGAACUACCGAUGUUAUAUAAACCUUUAAUUAAGUAUGAAGCUUCAUUUAAUGUAUUGCUUACAGAAAAAAAAGUGAAACUGUCUCUUUGAAGUAUGAUAAAAUAAGAGAGAACUGUGUUGUAGCUAUACAUAAAGGAUGAUCUCCCUUAUGAAUAGCUACAAACAAAAACACUUCCUUCUUUACCUGUAAACAAAAUUGCGUACAACAUGGAGUCUUCUCUCGCAGCAAAAGGAUCAGAUACGAUAUGGGACUUCACUUGUUCGGCUUGCCAGGAGCUAGAGGCACAGUGUCAUUGUGAGGAAUGCUGCAAGGGUUUCUGCGACAGCUGUGUAAAACUGCACAAUCAACUUUACAAGACCCACACUGUGUUUGGCAGAGAACAAAUGGAUAAAUGGCCGCUUGCCAAGUCAACUUUAGACAGUCUGGAGCAGUGUGAAGAGCAUAUCGACGAGAAAAUAAAACUGUUCUGUGAUGACCAUAGUCAACUUUGUUGUCACAUUUGCGUGGCACUUCAUCACAGAUCAUGCAGUAAAGUCAGCCUUAUAGAGGAGGCAAACAAAUAUUCAAUUGCAGACGUCCAUGAUCUGUCAUCAAACAUUCAGAAAAUACAAGAAGAAUUGAAGAACCUGAAAAACAAAGCAGAAGGCAAUCUUCUGUCGCUUGAGAUGAAAUACCAGCAACUUAAGGAAGAGAUCGACACAGUGAGACAGAAAAUAAAUAAAGAGUUAGAUCGGCUAGAGACAGCAACAAUGCAAGAAGUGGAAAAAUUGAUUGCUAAAUCUAAGAUAUCUCUUACUAAAGAAAGAGAUAAGUUAGAUAGCAUUCAUGAAAGUCUGCAAUGUCUCAGUAAAGUGGCAAAUGAAGUUUGCAACAAGAGUAGUAAACUUCUUUUUAUAGCUUUAGAAAAAAGUCAAAAACAGAUAAAGGACUCUGAGUUAUUUCUAAAAGAGUCGAAAUUAACACAUGAAUAUGGUAUGGAAUUUGUACCCAGUAACGACAUUGAGAGGUAUUUAUUCAACUGUGCAGGACUGGGGAGAGUUUGCCAGCCGAAUGGUGUUAUUUCGCUGCAUAAAAAGUCAGAAUAUAGCGUUAAAAUGUCAACUGAUGUGUCUACAUGCUCUACAUAUGCAAUCUGUGAGCUUCCUACUGGCGAGACACUUGUACUGGACUAUACUAAUAAUAGAGUGAAACUUUUAGACAAGAAAUAUCAGUGUUUGAGUAAUUGCGAGGUUCUUAAAUUUUCAUAUGACAUGUGUCUGAUAUCUGCACGUGAGGUGGUUGUUACAACAAAUGAGGCAAGCGGUAUUGGCGGUUUACACGUUCUUCAGGUGAUAACUGUCGGGAAUGACAGGUUGGAGAAAGGAUGGAAGCUUAAGCUGCCACAUAGGUGUGUUGGUGUUGCCCACCAUGAGGGUGAUCUGUACGUAACUUCCGGUAAUGCUCUGUAUCAGUACACUCUGACUGGAACAAUAGUAAAGAAACUGUUCGAGGACACAACGAGUUCUCAUACAGUGUACAAAUGUGCUGUAAACUUCAUGGGUGACCAGAUCUACGUCACCAACAGGGAGAAACACACACUUCUCACACUGGCCAUGGAUGGAAAAGUUAUCUCCACCUUUUCUGACAAUGAUCUAAAAGUCCCACUGGGUGUUCAUGUGACAGCUGGUGGGCAAGUGCUCGUUUGUGGCUAUGGAUCCAACACAAUUAUACAUGUGAACAGCGAGGGGAAGAAGAAGCUUGCCACACUGGCUACUGAGAAAGAUGGGGUUAAAUGUCCAUGUUCAGUCUUCUACAGUUGCAGCAAUGAUUCAGUGCUCGUAGGUGUUGCAAACAAUGACAUCAUAGUUUUUAAAGUUAUAUAGGCAGCGACAAAACAAAUCAUAAAAAAGAACGAUAGAAAGUAUCAUCUUAGGAUUGAUUCUGUACUUAAUGUUCACAUGUUGAUUUGCAAUUCUGCACAUGCAUUUCGUUUACAACGUAGUAUUACGUGAUGUAAAUAUGCUUAACAUAACACACUAACGACGAGUGUAAAUACAUAAAUUGCCAAACUAAUAUUUGCAAGUUAUUGUGCGUACAUGUAGCGCACAAAAUACUAUUAAACACAUAAAUAGUAUUUUGCAUACGUGAACGUUGAUAAAUGGAAAUUUCAAAAAAGAGAUUCGAAAGUUUACUUAACAAUGCCGUUUGUAUUUCAAAAUGUUAAGCAGCAUGCAAACGAUUUAGUACACGGCUGCAUACCAAUAUUUACUUAUAUUUUUUUAAGAUAUUGCGAUUCUUGUUUUCAUUUACGUACUUUAUUUGAGUCUUAUUUAUAGUUUCGUACUUUAUUUGAUUCUUGUUUCCAUUUUCGUACUUGAGUCGACAAUAUUUUUUAUUUAUUUGAUUCUUGUUUAUAUUAACGUACUUUAUUAAAGUCUUGUUUUUAUGAAUAUACUUAAUUUGAUUCGUGUUUUCAUUGACGUGCGCCCUUUAUUUGAAUCUCGUUUUUAUUUACUUAAUUGUUUUGAAACAAAAAAUGCAGAAUACAUCGAGUAUUUAUGACUGCAUAUUAUUACAUUUAAAAUGUGUAACUCAUGUAUAUCAUCAGACAAUUUGAAUUUAUUUAAUAUAUAUCAAUGUUUGCAAGUAGCUACUAUUUUAAUAUGGUUAAAACCACAAUGGUGUUAAAAGUAUUACUUUCCGCUGUGUAUUUUGAAUUGAAUUCGCGUACGAGAUGUAACCACAACGUCAACCUUCAUUUGUAUAAUAUGCAUUUAUCACUCAUAGUUACCUGAUACCAUAUAAGUGGUAUGCAUUUUGAAGACUGAACAAGACAAUUUAGUAAGCGAGUAUAGCAUUUGAAAAUAACGUGUAUUUAACAAAUUAUAAUAAAUAAACACUAUCCAUACACCAUGUCAUUGCGGAUAUGUUUAAUCUUCCUCAAAAGGAAGACGAUAGCAAACAGUCGCCGCUUUGUCCAUUCAUCUAAAUUUUUAUUUUAAUGGAAUUGAGCAACUAAUAAAAGAAUUUGCACGAUAAUCAUUCCUUUACUACUCGAUGCCCAUAUUUCCAUUUGUUUCAUCGCAAUAUACCUUAGACCAUCCGAAUUCGACGAAACUAUAUGUAACAGCUAUAUAGGGAGGAUUUGUACAUAGUGUUAGGUAGUUCCGCUUCAACAAGCGCAAACACAAACUCCUCGCACUGACAAUGAAUGGAGCAGAACUCUCAAUCUUUACUGACACAUGAGCGCCUUUGAACGCAUAAUACUGUAUGAAAAGGGCGCUAUAUUAAUGUGGUAUUAUGAUUAUUAUAUAAGACCCAUAUGGUGUACAUGCGACACAAGCAUUGGACAACAAUGACAGACUAAAGCUGCCCACACUUAGCCAUAGAGAAGGGUACAUUAACUUAUAUUAUUACUUGUACAGAAAUCCGUUGCUCAUGUAUUUCUUCCUGCAAUUAGCAUUUAUGUCACAUUUUAUUAAUGUUGGAAGUUUUUUUUAUACUUUGCUGCAUAGAUUGUUGUCUGCAACGAAUUGUAUUUUGUUAUUUUUUAUGUAUGCUUAUUUAAAAUUUCAUUAUUUGCAAUCUGACGACUUGACAAGAAAUACGGUAGUUGAAUUAAGUAUGUAUAUUUUGCAGACCGAAAUUAAUUGUUAUUUUGCUAAUAUUUAUCUGAUGAGUUUAUUUGAUUUUUAUUCAGGUUUAAAACACACAAUAUACAAGUCAUCAUUCAAAUUUACAUAACAAUUUAAACUAAAAGUAUUUGUGAAAUUAAAAGUAUUUUGAGAUUGCUUCUGAUCUUAACCUAUGGUAUAAAAGCUGUCAUAAAAUAACAUGAAAUUAGAUUGUGCAAUCAAAAUGAACGCAAAAGUGCGAUAAGAUAAAAAAAAGUCUUCAGAAAGUGUAUCACCUCAAAUUAGAUUUGAAGGGAACAGGUCAGCAACUGUCUCACACUUAAAAUAUGAUUUAAUGAUACUCUAUUGGUAUAUACAAUAUUGCUUGAUUAUCACAGUUAAACAUGUCACAUAUAUUUGUUAUCACAGAUUUUCAGCACAGACUAGUAAUUUGAUAUAUUAUAGAAACAAAUUCACAGCUUUAGUGGAACUUAGUAUGCAAAAUGAAAUAACUUAUACAUUAUAGUUUACAAAUCUCGGAUUACCCAUGAAAGCUCGAAAGCUUAUAUCCAAUGGGGUCCAGAUGGGGUUUGUAUUACAUAUAUCAAAAUACCAUGUAAUGUAGACAUGUUUGUCUGUUCUCUGGCCACUUAAAAAAUCUUAAUAAAGUCGCCAGUCAUGUAUUUAAUUAAACCAGGGCAUGAAUCCAUAACGUUGUUAAAAGUGCAGCAUAUUUUCAAGAUCAAGAGUAACAUGCCCUAAGUAAAAAGUUUUACAAUGGUAGAUUAUAAAAUGUGCAAAACGUAUGAAUUUGCUUCAACUUUUAUUUAGAUUAAAAAUAAUUGUUAACAAUUUACUUUAAUUUUAUUCACAUUAUUAACAACCGUUAAUAAUUUGCUUCAACUUUCAUGUACAUUACUAACAACUGUUAACAAUAUGGUAAUAAACAUGAACACUCUUAUGUACAGCAGGGAAUGUACUUUUAGAAAUUAAAGUUAUAAUUAAAAGAUG